AUGGCCCCCAACCCACCAACCCCCCCAGCCCCAGGACCCAGCGGAGGGCGAGGAGGGCAGCGAGUGGGACAUGCAGGCGCGCGGGGGCGGGGCGCACUCCACUCGCCCACGCAGCGUGGCGGAGCGGAACAGACGCAGCAAGAUCAGCGUCCAACAUCUUUUCUUCAAAUCCCAUCAUUUCAUGCACUCUGUUUCCAAUCGCCUCUGUUUCAUGCACUUUCAUUUGCCUCCCUCCUUCCCCCGCGUCCACCCCCUCCCCCCAGUUCCCGCCUGGACCGUCUCAAGGAGUCACUCCCCAUCUGGAAUCCGCGCAUGGACACCGCCACCAUGCUAGACGAGGCCGUUUUAGAGCCGCUCCCGCCUGGACCGUCUCAAGGAGUCAUUUCUCAUCUGGAAUCCGCGCAUGAAAACCGCCACCAUGCUAGACGAGGCCGUAAACUUCAUCUCAUCAGCUCACAUCCCACCAUCGACACCCACCACUCUCGUUCCGCGUCCCCUCCCCCCAGUUCUCGCCUGGACCGUCUCAAGGAGUCGCUCCCCAUCUGGAAUCCGCGGAUGGACACGGCGACAAUGCUAGACGAAGCCGUAAAUUUCAUCGCGCUGCUAAAGAAGGAGGUUCGCCGUCUGCACGUGGAGCGCGACGAGCUCGCUAGCCGCCUCCCGCCCGACGCCAAACCGCGGCCGAAAGUCGCCGCCGCGGACGACAAGCCCGAGGCGGAUGGCGCGACACGCGGGAAGCGGAAACCGGAUGCGGAUAGCGAGGCUCAUUGA